AAACCUCGCAGAGAUAUAACUUCUGAACUGGAGCUUCCCGGCGGUGCCUCCGCCGCCGACGCCGAGCUUCUCCAAUGGCGUCCUCCGAGCAACCUCUGAAGAAGCGCAAGCUCUACGAUUCUGCACCUUUGGAACCCCAAGGUCCCCCCAAUCCCGAGCCCAACAAUGUGCCCCCUCCCCCUCCUCCUUCCCAGGAGGAGAUCCUUCGGAAGAGAAAGAAUCGUGAUGAGAUCCGAAACCUUUACGAGUUUUACCGGCGCAUGAAGUACUGUGUCGCCCAGAAGAAUCCGAGGCUCAUGCCGGAUUUCGAGCAGGCGUAUCUAUCACUCAUCUCCGCUUCACGAGGUUGCACAAGUGUACAACGUAUUGUAGCUGAGCUUAUUCCUCGGUAUGCAUCAUAUUGCCCAACUGCUCGAAGCAGCUGCAAAGUUUCCAUUAACAUGUAUAAUUGGAGCUUGGCCAUUAUAAUAAGAGGAGAGGAUGUAGAUGGUGUUGCAUAUCAGACUGCUAAAGCAUGUAUUUUUGGCCUAGUUGAUAUAUGCUCCACAGCCUCACAUGAAGCACCAACAUCAUCCGUCAUACAGGGCAUAUGCUCUGCUGUUUUCUUAAAUGUUCUUACUUUCUUCACUUCAAGUUUUGAGGAGAAGGAUAUUUUUGAGAUUGGUGGCAAGCAACUAAUGAAGUUGCAAGAAUCCAUGGAAUCCUUCUCUGACCUUAAACAAGAACCGGCAGAUGAUGUUGAACUGGCGUCAUAUAAGUUAUUCAACUUCAGGGCACUUAGUCUGCUGCAUAUUUUCUUUUCUUAUCCAAGAAACUUGCUUGAAGCCUGCUUUGAACUUCUUGUUUCUGAUGGAGUUGAUGGUCUUGCUAAAGGCCGAUACUUUCUCACUCAGGUGACAACUUUCUUGAGUGUUGGUGACCCUGCUCUUGAUGAGACAAAAGAUGAGAUUUCACUAUGUAAAGAUUCCUCACAGGCUUGCACACAUAUGAAAGAAACAAAUGAAGUUACACAUGUAUCAAAUGACGGCACUGUUCUAGAAAAAUCUCUAUCUAAGAUUUCUUUCAUGGGAAUGGCUAUUGGCAAGGAUAUAUCAUUGAGAGGGUGGAUACAAGCCAGAUUUAAAAACUUAAGUGAUUCAUCGACUUCCAAGGCUUAUCCAGAAUUGCCAUCCUUUCUGGAAAAGAUUUUUAAUCCCAUUUUGGAAGCUUCAGAAAGAUUAGAGCUUAAAGACCACAGGGAGGAUAAAGUUGACCCUUCAAAAUUGCACCCAAUAUAUUGCCAUCUCCAAAAGCCAAUUGCAGCCACCCAAUAUUUUGCGUCUCCAAGUCAAGUUCAUUGGUAUUCUGAUGGAGAUCCUGCAGCUAUGGAUGUAUUCUCUGCCUCUAAGAUGCUCUGGUUAGGUUCUCUUGGUCAUGAUGCCUCUGAAUCUGUAGUUAGAAUGCAACUUGAAGACUUUGCCCCAUUGAGCAAUUUCUGUUCUUUUCUAGCAAAAGACUUUGCUUUGAUUGAAUAUAGAAAUAUUAUGGAUGCUGUAAAAGCACGGGAGUACAUGCAAGGAUCCUCCUGUGGGGUGGCUGCCUUUUGUAUUAAAUUCUUAGACACAGGAUUUGGUAGUAGAGGGGCUAUUAAUGGUGUUGCAAUUGGUGAGAGUUGUCAUGUUUACAUUGGAAGAGUACCAUCCAAACAGGCAAAGGAUGAUAUUUUCAAUGAGUUAAUGGCUGCUAGGUUAAGUAAUCCCCGCAUGGUUACUGACCUUACAAGUGAAAGUGCAUUACUUUUGGAAUAUUGUUCUUCUGAGGAGGCAACCAUUUCAAUGUCUCACAUCAGGAUGUGCCGGAAAGAGACUAGGCGCAAUGUAUUAUCAAAUAAAAGCUUGACGAUAAGUACAGUUAUAGGGGAAAGGCCUGCUUCUGGUUGUCAGCUCAUGGUGAGCCAAAUAGAUGCUUCUGUCUCUGAUGAAGAGUUGAUUAAUGCUUUUUCAAGAUUUGGUGAGCUUACUGGAUGGCAGUUUAUGAGACAAAAUGGAUGUUGCUUAAUAAAUUUUCAAUCAUGUGAAUCUGCUAAUGCAGCUAAAUCCCAUUUAGAUGGUGUAAGGUUUGGGCUUAUGUCUAUUGAGGUUGAGAUCAGAUCAGACCACCCUGCCCAUGGUAAUAUACUAUCACCACAUGUGCAGACUUCACAUGAAAGCCCUGCUGACAGUUGCAGGAAAAGAAUAUCACAGUUAUCUUCUUUAUUUUCAUCUUUAUGUAUGAAAUAUAAAAUUGACCAGAGUUCAAGCUCGUAUGCUUGCCAGAAAUUAAAAGAUUAUUAUGCAAUCAACGUGAGAGGUGAAGAUAGAAUUCCAAUAAACACUGUAUGGAUUGGUUUGCCCGCUAUGCCCUCCCCUUUCUUACAGAGAUUUUGCUCAGCAUUUGCCAUCCUCAUGGACCUGUCUUCUUGGAAAGUAAACCUGGCAAUCAGUAUCUGCAGCUCUUAUUCAGAUAAACCAAAUAUUGUUACCCAUGAACUUGUUUCACCAAGAACAGACACGGAAAGGUUUGCCGGUCAAGUACACAACAGGCCUCCAUAUGGUUCAAACUGGUCUGCUGCAGGAAGUGCGGAGAUGAUGGAAGCCAGGCCUUCAUUUUCUGAAGCUCCAGGAACCUCCUACUCGGUGAACAUUCAUGGCAAUAUAAGAAGCUGGAAACCAGACCUCCAGUGUCAGGUCCUGGGAGGCUACCAUGCCCACCUCCUGUUUACAUAUGGAGGCUCGACAAUCCCACCACCAAUGCCACCAUUCUCAUAUCCACGCCCUUUCUAUCCUACUCAAAACAGCUCUUGGGACAACUAUCAUCAAAAUCGCCCACCGACCAAAUCCUCCCCACCUGAUGUGCUACCUCCACUGCCUUCUCCUCCUCCAUUGCCUCUAUCCCAGCCACCUUCUAUACCACCUCCGAGGUUUAGCCCCACAAUCCUCAAUCUGCUCUUGAAAGUUCUAACACAAGAGCCAGUGAACCAACACCCUCAUUAUCAGUGGCAAGGUUCUCUUUCUAAGAGUGGGGUCCACUACUGUACAAUUUAUGCUGUCAGAGAGGACUCAAAUAUUUGCAAGUAUACAGUAGCUGCAUCAGAACCUGUCGAGUUCCAGACAAAGGUUAUAUUUCAUUACAAGUGUUUUAUAAGUCGCUGGCUUAGUUGUGCAUUGAUAUGCCAUUCUACCUGGAACCUAGUGUUUACCUUCAUAGAGAGAGAAGUUUGCCGGUUGCUCCCAUCCGCUAUGAGUGACCAUAAGGGUCUGCAUGAUUUCAUUACUUAUUUGAGACAGAGGGACUGUGGCGGAGUGAUCAAGAUUCCUGCGGUGAAUUCUAUGUGGACAAGGGUACUCUUCAUUCUUCCGUAUUCUCCUGAAACUUGUUCCAUGCUCGCCAUUCCCCCGAAUCCUGUUGAUUGUCUUCUUGCGUUGGUUUUGCCGAAGGAAGAAUGAACCUCGAGAUUGUAUGAUAUGUAGGAGGAUGGGCACUUUUUUCGUAUUUUAUACGGUCCACGGAUGACAACAGCUGUAGAGUUAAAACUUCAUAGGCUGUAGUUUAAAUCUUUGUACAUUUGGGCUAUGUUAAGGUUCUUAUUCUUUUUCCUUUUUUUUUUAUUGUUUUUUUGGCACUUUCAAGUUCUUGGUGAAAUACCUUUGCAUUUGU